CGAGCAUGCAAAUAGAGAGGAGCCAUAGCGAGAGCCUGAGCAAAAGCAUGGACGAGUCGGAGCUAAGGAAGGUGUUCCAGAUGUUCGACAAGAAUGGUGACGGGCAGAUCACCAAGAAGGAGCUGGGUGAGUCGUUCAAGAACCUCGGGAUCUACAUCCCUGAAGACGAGCUCGACGUCACCAUGGAAAAGAUCGACACAAAUGGCGACGGCUGUGUUGAUGUUGAGGAGUUCAGCUCGCUCUACCGCUCGAUCCUCGCCGAGGGUGAGGGUGACGACAAGGGCGACGAGGAGGACGGCUUGCGGGAGGCCUUUGAUGUCUUCGACAGGAAUGGCGACGGCUACAUCACCGUCGAGGAGCUGCGGUCCGUGCUGUCCAGCCUCGGACUCAAGCAGGGCCGCACCCCGGAGGAAUGCCGCCAGAUGAUUAGCAAGGUCGAUGCCGACGGUGAUGGCCGUGUCGAUUUCAAGGAGUUCAAGCAGAUGAUGCGUGGCGGUGGCUUUUCCGCGAUCCGAGGAUGAGGACGGUGGCGGGAAAAAGGUGGGCGGGAUCGGCCGACGUUGUAGAUAAUUGACCUUCAACAUGGCAAUCAUGCAUUGUGGAUUACAUGCAUGAAAUGGUUCAUUCCUUUUGAAACACGGUGUAGAUUGAGUAAUUUAAGGCUGCUUUGGUCUAUGUUGUCAUCUGUUUUGGGGUGUGGGGGUUUGGGUCGGAUUCAGAACGUCUUUAAUUUGUAGGGUAGACAAGGGAGGCCUUAAUUUGUAGUGGUGUCCGUGUUAAUUGUUUGUUUGAUAACUGACUUUGUGUCUCUUUGUUCCAAAACUACAACAGGAGCAAGUGCCAUGCAUUUCCUCCAUA